AUGGCUGAAUCUCAGCGUCGCCCGCGUGUCUACUUCGACAUUCAGAUUGGCAAGCAGAAGCCCAAUCGCGUCACUCUGGAGCUGUUCAACGAUGUUGUUCCCAAGACCGCAGAAAACUUCCGUGCUCUCUGCACUGGGGAGAAGGGCAUGGGAAAGCAGGGAAAGCCAUUGAGCUUCAAGGGCUCCAUCUUCCACCGCGUGAUCAAACAGUUCAUGAUUCAGGGUGGUGACUUCACUGCCUUCAACGGAACCGGAGGCGAAUCCAUCUACGGCGAGAAAUUCCCCGACGAGAACUUCGAGCUCAAGCAUGACAGACCCUUCCUCCUCUCGAUGGCCAACUCCGGCCCCGGGACCAACGGCAGCCAGUUCUUCAUCACCACUGUCCCCACUCCUCAUCUGGAUGGCAAGCACGUGGUCUUCGGUGAAGUGAUCAACGGCAAGAGUGUUGUUCGCAAGAUCGAGAACCUCCCCACCCAGUCCGACAAGCCCACCACCGACGUGACCAUCGUCGACUGCGGUGAGCUCGCUGGUCAGGCUUAUGACGAUGCUACCAAGCAGGUUUCCGAUGCCACCGGCGACCCUUACGAAGACUUCCCCGAUGACCACCAAGGUGAAGAGCUCAAUGCUCAAGUCUGCUAUAAGAUUGCCUCUGAGCUCAAGAACUUCGGAAACACCGCCUUCAAGAGUGGCGACCUUGCUCUCGGGCUCGAGAAAUAUGAGAAGGGUCUGCGUUACCUGAACGAGUUCCCCGAUCCCACCGACGAUGACCCAAAGGAACUGGGACCGCAGCUGAAGGCUCUCCGUUUCACCCUGUACUCCAAUUCCUCGCUCCUCGCGAACAAGCUCGGCCAGUACAAGAAUGCUCAGAACUGGGCUACCUACGCGCUGGACGUCGCUACCGAUGCCAACGCCAAAGAUGCGGAUAAGGCUAAGGCCCUGUACCGCCGUGCUGUCGCUCACACUGGUCAAAAGGAGGAGGACGAGGCUCUGAAGGAUCUCCAGGAGGCCUCGAAGCUGGCUCCCGGUGAUGCCGGCAUCACCAACGAGAUUGCCAAGGUGAAGAAGGCCAUCAAGGACCGUGAGGCCAAGGAAAAGGCCGCCGCUAGGAGAUUCUUCUCAUAA